AUGGUCAAUUGUCGUACAAGCAACAGGAAAAGUCUGAUCUUGACCACCACUUCUCCCACACUGCCGCGCCCGCACUCCCCUCUGCCCCUCCCUGGACACCUCGGAAGCAGCCCUCUGGACAGCCCACGAAACUUCUCCCCCAGCAACCCGGCACACUUCUCGUUUGCCUCCUCCAGAAGAGCGGACGGGCGCCGAUGGUCUUUAGCAUCUUUGCCCUCUUCUGGAUAUGGUACCAACACUCCCAGCUCAACAUCGUCCAGUUCCUCUCAGGAGCGGCUGCACCAGCUGCCCUUCCAGCCCACCAUGGAUGAGCUCCACUUCUUAUCCAAGCACUUUGGCAGCACUGAGAGCAUCACAGAUGAUGAUGGGGGCCGCUGCUCUCCCCACAUGCGCCCACGCUCCCGCAGUCUCAGCCCAGGACGCUCCUCCUCCUGCUAUGAUAAUGAGAUAGUCAUGAUGAACCAUGUGUACAAGGAGCGCUUCCCAAAGGCCACAGCACAGAUGGAAGAGAGGCUGGCCGAGUUCAUCCAGGCUUACUCUCCUGAAAAUGUUCUUCCGCUGGCUGACGGAGUCCUCAGCUUCAUCCAUCACCAGAUCGCAGAGCUGGCCAGAGACUGCCUGACCAAAGCCUGCGAGGGCCUCAUCACGUCUGUCUACUUCUUUGAGCUGCAGGAGAAUCUGGAUAAGCUGAUUCAUAAUGCUUGGGAGCGUUCAGAGAGCACUGAGGUAGCCUUCGUCACAGAGUUGGUGAAGAAGCUCCUCAUCAUCAUCUCCCGACCUGCCAGGCUUCUGGAGUGUCUUGAGUUUAACCCUGAGGAGUUCUACCAUCUGCUGGAGGCAGCGGAGGACCAUGCCAAGGAGGGUCAUUUAAUGAAAACUGACAUUCCUCGUUACAUCAUCAGCCAGUUGGGACUGACAAGAGACCCUAUCGAAGAUAUGGUAAACCUUGAUAGUUACGACAGCGAGGGGCCGCUAACGCCUGAAACAGAUGAUUCGACAGAGGGUAAGAUCAGAGCAAUGAAACCACCAGGGGAAGCAGACUUCCAGACCAUCAAGUUGAUUAGUAACGGGGCAUACGGCGCUGUGUACUUGGUCCGUCACUUGGAGACACGUCAGCGUUUUGCCAUGAAGAAGAUUAACAAGCAAAACCUGAUCCUGAGGAACCAGAUCCAGCAGGCCUUUGUGGAGAGAGACAUCCUCACAUUUGCAGAGAAUCCCUUUGUUGUCUCCAUGUUCUGUUCCUUCGAAACCCGUCGGCAUCUCUGCAUGGUCAUGGAGUAUGUCGAAGGUGGAGACUGUGCCACUCUGCUGAAGAAUAUCGGAGCUCUGCCGGUAGAGAUGGCACGCAUGUACUUUGCAGAAACUGUCCUAGCACUGGAGUACUUACACAACUAUGGCAUUGUCCACCGUGACCUCAAACCCGACAACCUCCUGAUUACCUCAAUGGGCCACAUCAAGCUGACAGACUUUGGCCUGUCUAAGAUGGGUCUGAUGAGUCUGACCACCAACUUGUAUGAAGGACACAUAGAGAAGGAUACUCGGGAGUUUUUGGAUAAACAGGUGUGUGGAACUCCAGAGUACAUUGCUCCAGAGGUUAUUCUUCGCCAAGGUUAUGGGAAGCCAGUGGACUGGUGGGCUAUGGGCAUCAUCCUGUAUGAGUUCCUGGUGGGCUGCGUGCCUUUCUUCGGAGACACUCCAGAAGAGCUGUUUGGACAGGUCAUUACAGAUGACAUAGUGUGGCCUGAAGGGGAUGAGGCUCUCCCUCUUGACGCCCAGCACCUGAUCUCCUCCCUCCUGCAGACUAAUCCACUGGUUCGACUGGGCACAGGUGGUGCUUUUGAAGUGAAGCAGCAUUCCUUUUUCACAGAGGUGGACUGGAACAGCUUGCUGAGACAGAAGGCAGAGUUCAUCCCUCACCUCGAGUCAGAGGAAGACACCAGUUAUUUUGACACCCGCUCUGAGCGCUACCAUCAUGUGCAGUCAUACGAUGAGGAUGAUACCAAUGACGACGAGCCCGUGGAGAUACAUCGCUUUUCAUCUUGCUCCCCUCGUUUCAGCAAGGUGUACAGCAGUAUGGAGCAUCUGUCUCAGCUGGAGCAUAAACCUCCAACUGUGACUCUACGGGAGCAUAAGGUCCCCAGGGAGGAUCGAGUGGCCAAGAGGGAAAGCCUGGGUAGCUUCACUCUAAGGGACAAGAGCUGGAGGACUGGAUCACCUGAAAUGAAGCGCUUGUCCUGCUCUGAGACCUCCUUCAUUGAGAGCGACUCCAGCCCACCAUCCGGGGCCCGAAGACGCUUCUCAGCCCUCAUGGAUACACACCGCUUGGCCUCCCCUCUGGAAGUCGACUCUGAGCUGCCUAUCCCCAGCAGGCAGCCUUCAGUGAAGACUAGGGGGGCUUCCCUGGAAGGAGCCAUGGGUGCCAUCUCUUCUCAAAGCGAUUUGAGAACACUCCUAAAAGACAGCAAUGGGUUCACAGCUGGAGAUAAGCUUUUGAGACCUGCUGAUGCAUCGUUGCCUAUACCAGCUAGCGCAACUGUUCUGGGACUUCCAGACACACAGGGGUCCCGUGGGGCCACCACUGACCUGGUGCUGCGCAGGGUUCGCCACCAGCAGCUCUCAGCUGAGGGAGAAAAACGAAGCUCACGACCGGGAAACAAAGUUAUCAAAUCUGCUUCUGCUACUGCUUUGUCUGUCAUCAUCCCUGCAGUGGAGCAACAUGCGGCCUCCCCUCUAGCGAGCCCAAUGUCUCCUCGCUCCCUCUCGUCCAACCCCUCCUCCCGUGACUCCUCUCCCAGCCGAGACUACUCUCCAGUGGUCAACGUACUGCAUUCUCCAAUCACCAUCUACCGCUCAGGGAAGAAGUAUGGCUUCACCCUCCGAGCAAUCAGAGUCUACAUAGGAGACAGUGAUGUCUACAGCGUGCAUCACAUGAUCUGGCAUGUAGAGGAUGGUGGCCCUGCCCAGGAGGCUGGACUUAGUGCAGGUGAUCUCAUUACUCAUGUAAACGGGGAGUCAGUACAUGGUCUGGUCCAUACGGAGGUAGUGGAGCUCAUCUUGAAGAGUGGAAACAAGGUGACAGUUACAACUACUCCCUUUGAGAACACCUCUAUAAAGGUGGGGCCUGCCCGCAAGUCCAGCUAUAAAGCAAAGAUGGCACGACGCAGCAAGAGAACAGCAGCCAAGGAAGGACAAGAUAAGAAGCGCAGCUCCCUGUUCAGAAAAAUCACCAAGCAGUCCAACUUGCUCCACACCAGCCGGAGCCUCUCUUCUUUAAAUCGCUCUCUGUCCUCUGGAGACAGUCUACCCGGAUCCCCCACCCACAGUCUCUCCGCCCGCUCACCCACUCAGAGUUUGCGCUCCACUCUCGAAUCCCCUUACGUGGGCAACUCCUCCCAGAGCAGCUCUCCAGCAUCCAGCACACCUAACUCCCCAGCAGCCUCUCACCACAUGAGACCCAGCUCUCUGCAUGGCCUGUCCCCCAAACUUCACCGCCAGUACCGCUCUGCACGCUGCAAAUCUGCUGGCAACAUCCCUUUGUCUCCUCUUGCUCACACCCCCUCCCCAACCACCUCCUCUCCUCCACCUCUCAGUGGCCACACUGUAGGGAGUUCCAACACCACACAGAUGUUUCCCGUCAAGCUGCAUUCCUCGCCUCCUGUUGCCCGCCCUCGUCCCAAGAGCGCUGAGCCCCCAAGAUCCCCCUUGCUUCAAAGAGUGCAGUCAGCGGAGAAGCUAGGAGCACCUAUUCUGCCUUCCUCCUCUUCAUCAUCAUCGACGCCAUCUCCUCUGACAGGUGGAGUGUCAUUACGCAAGCACAGCCUGGAGGUGACGCAUGGGGACUACAGGAGAGAGUCCUUUCACUGUGAGCAUAGUCUGCAAAGUCUGUUAGAGAUAGAGGGAGAGAAUGGACCUGCUCCGCCAUCUCCUUCAUCAUCUUCCUCCCCAUCUCCUCCCAUGGGAAGUGAGAUUGGGGGCCUGAAGGCUGUUAGGAGGCUGGGAAGGCAGGAGUCACCACUUAGCCGUGACACAAUGCUCACACCAAGAGAUAAAGAUACUCAAACCACAACAUUUGAGCUCAGCGGGUCGCACACUGAGAGCAAAGCGCCUAAAGCUGAGUCCAAGACCAGUGUUACCAAGCCUAGUUCUGCAUCAGCUCAAUCCACUUCAGAGACCAAGUUCAGCUCGGAGGGUAAACCUAAAAGUGCAAGCACUCCAAGUUCUGAGGCAACUGUCUCCAAGAGUAAAGUUAGUGAGAAAUGCUCGACUUCAGGCACAUCAAAGAGUCUGCAGCAACAAGACACUGCAAAGCCUGCACAGACAGACAGCGGCUCUGUAAGUAAAGCACUGGAGAAGAUUGUGGAGAAAGCAACAGGCAGUGUGGGUCCAGAGAAAAGUAACAUGCAGAAAUCAUCUGCAGAAAUCAAGCAGCGUAAAGGCUCAGAGAUGGAAGAGAAAGGCGGCGUCAGUGGUAGUGAUAAAAAAAUGGAGACAAGUAGGGUUAAAGGACCCGCACCACCUGUUCCAACCCAGGCUCAAACCCAAGCUGCAGCCAGACCCAAGGUGGAGAAGGUGUCAAGCAGUUUUCGUGGGGCCAAAGAGGAGAGGACACAUCUGGAAGUCCUUGAAGAGAAUCCCAUGUCACCCUCCUCUACCGCGGCCUCACCCUGCUCCAGCAAGUCACGCCCAGUGUCUCCAGGGGAUAAAGCCAGCUUCGUUACUCAGCUCACGAGCGUGGCCAAAACAGUUCUCGCACCCAUAAAAGGAGGAUCACAGGAGGGGGCCAAGGCAAAAGACACCUCCAAGUCAAGUGAGGAGAAGCGGGGAAACGCCGCAGGAAAACAGGAGGCUUCGACAGGUAGUGGCCGCCGGGGGGCUCAGACAGCAUCCUCAGCAAGUGCUGUCACCACCCAAUCGGAUAAAGGAAACACUCGCAGCUCUAAGCACCAUUCGUGA